CUGAACGAUCAGAGAUAAUAAUAUUAUAUUAAUCUCAUAAAAGUCAAAAGUAUCUCUUUUGGGAGCCUUUGCCGCCUUAGGACGCUACAAUGACUCUCGGCGAUCCUGUUGACAGCAACAACAGCUACGUGGAAGGCAACAACAGCAUCCGGAGAUUCAGCUGACAUUCCAGAUGACCUUUUCCGUGACCUUGAUCAGGGUCAUGCUUAUGUUCAAGUGAAUGCCAAGAGGAAAGGCCGAGCUGUUUUCAGAGGAAAUGUCACUUUACGGAACACGUGUUGGCGUUUCUCCAAUGACAUGGACUCCCAGUGGUCACGUGACGACGAACAGGUCGACGUCAGCUCCGAAGAGACGGGUGAUGUUAAAACCUGCAAUUUUGAGGGUGUGAUCUACGAGGAAGGAAGCUCUUGGCUUCCUGAUGUCAAUGCAAGCUGUACUACGUGCAGUUGUGCGAAAGGCAACACGUUAUGUCACCCGAUGAUGUGUCCACCUCUGUCCUGUGAAGACCCUGUGCACCGACCCGGAGAAUGUUGCCCCUCUUGUCCAAACGAGGAUGAAGACGGGAAAAAGUGUCGUCUAGGUCGUGAUCCUCGAGAAUUCCGACUCCACAGUGUAUGGCAUCCCUAUUUACCAAUGAUGGGAUUUUCUAAGUGUGCCCUCUGUACUUGCCUGCCCGGUGGGAAGACAGAGUGCAACAAGCUCCCAUGUCCAGCCCCAGCGUGCCCCAAGUCCCAGUGGGUGAGGAGUGAAGAGAACCCAUGCUGCCUGGUCUGUGGAGACCCUCCAACUACUGAAGCACCUGUUGAAGAGCCGCAGAAAGAUAUCAAUAUGAAUGGAGCGUGCAAUUUCUUGGGUGAAGUGAAAAGCAAUGGUGACAGAUGGCAUCCAAAUAUUCACCCCUUUGGCUACAUGAAAUGUUUCUUCUGUGAAUGCAAGGAUGGAGAGUUCCACUGUGGUCGUCUUCAGUGCCCUAUCUUGAGCUGUGUACGGAGAAGGAAGCGUCCCAAUGUUUGUUGUGAGGAGUGUGCAGCCGACCAACCAGAGGAGCCAAGAGUGAAGAAAAAGAAAGAUAAACAAAAAGGUCAACUGUCGAAAGAUUGCAGCUUUGCUGGAACACCAUACAAAAACGGCCAAAGAUGGCGGCCUAACUCAUCACCAGCUGGAAGUGGAGAAUGUGCUGUGUGCAAAUGCACGGAAGGAAACGUCCAGUGCAGACUCCGAUGUCCUCGUGUGUGUAAAGAGGACAUGGCCAAAAACCCCUGCUGCAGACAUUGUCCAGAAAGAAAAGUUCAGAAAUGGAAGGGCAGUUCGGGCAACAGGAAAACAUCAUUGCAGACUACACAGGGCUCAGGAAAACUCUCUUCCGACAAGAAUCCUUCCCCAAAAGUCAGCUCAAAGGAAAAGCCAAAAGCUUCAAAGAAGAAGAAGAAGAGGAAGAACAGAAAGUCAAAACUCUCUGCCAAACAGGAUUUCCUAUCCAUGUUGAAUUGAAAGAAAUGUGUGAAUGUCUGUCUGAUGUUUGAUAGAAAGAUAUUCGGUGUGGAUGAAUUAUGAUGAGUGAUGGCUGUCCUUUUCAGUGUUUAUCUUUUAUAAAAUUAUGGAAAUUAUAAGAUGGAGAGAGUGAGAGAAGGAAAGAGAGAGAGAGAGAGAGAGAGAGAGAGAGAGAGAGAGAGAGAGAGAAAGAGAGAGACAGAGAGAGAGCAAGCAUCCUGUAUCCAGUGUUCUCUCCAACCUUUAAUUAAUAGCACAUAAUAUAUCGCCCAUCACCCACAGCUUUAUCUGAAUCGCAAUUGUAGAUGACGAAUGUUAUUUCAGUUCUUACUGUUCGAUUAUAUCGCGUUGGAUUUAGAAAUGUGUUACUCUUGAACCUGCUUUUAUAUUGGCUCAACUUAUUAAUAACAGUAGAGGAACAGGAAAAUAACUAUUCUCAAGUGUAUGCAAUUGAACUGUUAUUAAAUUUAUAUAGGUGCAUCAUACCAGAUUGCCACUCAAGUUAAUAAGAAAGAAACACAUGAAGAGUCACAUGCAAACUAUUUUAUAUCCAGUGAGUAAGAAAGAAACACAUGAAGAGUCACAUGCAAACUAUUUUAUAUCCAGUGAGUAAGAAAGAAACACAUGAAGAGUCACAUGCAAACUAUUUUAUAUCCAGUGAGUAAGAAA